UCUCCGCCGCCUGCCGCGCGGGCCCUCGGCCGGGGAGUCGCUCGGCGCUAGGCCGGUUCCGGCGCGCCCAUGGUCGGCGCUGCGGACCGGGAGGCUGGCCCGGCGGCUGCGGCGUGCUGAGAGGGCGGCGUGGGGACGAUGCGGGCCCCGCGCGGCCGCUCCGGGCCCGGCCGCCUCCUGGCCCCGGCCUUCUUCCUGCUGAUGCUGCCCGCGCUGGACGCGUCCCCGGCGGUGCCGUCCACGACGGCCAGGGCGGCGCCCGCGUUCGGGCCUCCCGAGCCCGGGCCGCGCACGCAGUCCCCGCUGCCUCCCGGCCCCACCGCGGCCCAGACCCGGGCCCGAGCUCAGGCUGAAGCCGCCGCACCCCGAGGCGCCGAGGGCCGCAAUGGCAGCAGCCCCGCGGCGGGGUCUGAGGCCGAUGGCCUCGGAGGGCAGGCCGGGGAAGGCUCCGUGGGUGGCAGCUUGGCGGUGAGCCCCAACCCCGGCGACAAGCCCAUGACCCAGCGGGCCCUGACCGUGCUGGUGGUGGUGAGCGGCGCCGUGCUGGUGUACUUCGUGGUCAGGACCGUCAGGAUGAGAAGAAGAAAUCGCAAAACUAGGAGAUACGGAGUUCUGGACACUAACAUAGAAAACAUGGAAUUGACUCCUCUAGAGCAAGAUGAUGAGGAUGAUGACAACACACUGUUUGAUGCCAAUCAUCCUAGAAGGUGAGAGUGUGCCUUUCAUGAGAAGACUUCAUAUUUCUACUGAGAACAGAUUUCUAUGUCUAAGGAAUAAGAAGCCACUCUAUCGAGGGGGGGGGCGGGAUUUAAGUUGCAUACAUUAUGACAUCUUUUAAUUUGUUGUUGCUGCAAUAAAUACUGUAUCAUUUUGUUAUAUCUUUGUAUAUUUGGAACGGCUCUGGUACUGGGCUCCAUGGUGUUAGGGACAGACAGUACUGCACAGGAUUUUCCAUUUGAAGAUUAUUUUAACGUGGUGUUUACUGAGGAGCUUGUCCCUUCCUUUCACCAUAUUCGUAUAACUUGUUUUCUUUUAAGUACUAAUCAAUUGUUGUUAAUUAUUUUUGUCAGUGUCAUAAUUUAAAGAACUAUAAGCCUCAACUAAAUGGUAUGAAAUAAUAAUUAAAAUUCUACUUUACUAAAAAUGUCCCAUUUUUGUGGGGAAAAAGCCAAAUUUGUUAUGUUAUUUUUGAGUUUUUAAAGAGUAGAAAUUGUCUGUGCUAUUGUAUGCAAAAGAAUAAAUGUAAUUUAAAAUUAUUUAAGUGGUACAGACAGGAUCUGUUUACAAAAUAAACCUUGCAUUGUUAUAUAUUAA